AUGCUGUCUGGUUUACCAGAAGCCCUAUUGUCAAGGUUUCUCAUAAAAUACCGAUAUCCACCUCAUCUGAUAGAAAAAUCUUCUGGCUGUUCAAAACAGUAUCCAGAUUGGUUCCAGCAUUUACCAAAAAAUGAAAAACAAACGGAUUCUUAUGAUUAUGACACACUAAAAGAAACGGUAGAAGAUUAUAAAGAAUAUUUAAAAGAAACUGAUCGUCUUGAUGAAUGUGUUCAAUUGUAUAUUGAAGUAUUAAAUCGCGAUAGUUUUGUAUCAAAAGAAGGAAAAUCAAAAAAAUGA